AUGAAUUUGUUACGUUUUGGUCUUUUGUUUACUUCAUUGGUCUCCUUGGCUGUGGCUGAGUCGAGCUUCUCUCCUGCUCGACCUCCUGCUUUGCCUUUGGCUGUCAAAUCACCCUAUGUCAGUGCCUGGUUGACUGCUGGGAGUGAUGGUGGUAAUGGGGGUUACCUGCCUGGCGAAUGGCCAAGUUUCUGGCCAGGUCAAGUACUUGGCUGGACUGGUUUGAUCCGUGUUGAUGGUGCUGUUUACACCUGGAUGGGUAACCCAGGAGGGACAUUGGUCAACCAAACUGCCUAUGAAUAUACUUCGACCAAGAGUGUUUUUACCUUGCAUGUUGGCAAUGCGGUGCAAAUGAAUGUCACUUUCCUUUCACCCAUCACGCCAAAUGACUUUAAGAGACAAUCGCUUCCCUUCUCCUAUGUGCAUGUGGAUGUCGCAUCUCUUGAUGGUAAAUCUCAUGAUGUGCAAUUGUACUCUGACAUCUCAGCCGAAUGGGUGUCAGGAGACCGCAAUGCUGUUGCGCAGUGGGACUAUGGUGUUACCGAUGGCGGUAUUGCAUACCACAAGGUCUACCGCCAAACCCAGCUUCUUUUCUCUGAGAACCGAGAUCAAGCAGAAUGGGGGUCCUGGUACUGGGCGACUAACAAUGCGGACAACCUGACUUACCAAUCCGGAUCUGAUAGUACAGUUCGGGGUGCGUUUUCCAAAAACGGUACCCUGGGCGAUUCCGAGGACAAGAACUAUCGUGCCAUUUCAAGCGAGUGGCCCGUGUUUGGUUUUGCCAUUAACCUUGGUUCUGUCGGCUCUUCUUCUGCGAGUGCGCUGUUCACUAUCGGUUUGGCUCAGAACGAUGCCAUUCAGUACAGUGGACCUUCCGGUACCAAUGCUGUACCUUCGUUGUGGAAGAGCUACUACAAUAAUGAUCUAGACGCGCUCGACUUCUUCCACGGUGAUUACUCGGAAUCAGUUUCCCUCUCAGGGGACUUGGACGAGCAAAUUGCUAAGGAUUCUGUCGCUGCUGCUGGACAAGACUACCUGAUCAUCACUUCGCUAACCGUCCGUCAAUCCUUUGCGGCCACUCAGCUGUGUGGUACUCAGGACAAUGUCUACCUUUUCAUGAAGGAGAUCUCUUCCAAUGGCAACAUGAAUACUGUGGAUGUUGUGUUCCCUGCUCAUCCCAUUUUCCUCUACACCAACCCAGAGCUCCUCCGGCUGGUUCUGAAGCCCUACUAUGAGCUCCAGGAAUCUGGGUUGUACCCCAACAGUUAUGCCAUGCACGACAUUGGAAGUCACUACCCCAAUGCAACUGGUCAUCCUGACGGCAAUGAUGAAGCAAUGCCGCUUGAGGAAUGUGGAAACAUGGUCAUCAUGGCUUUGGCAUAUGCCCUCAAAUCGAAGAACACCAACUACCUUGAGCAGCACUACGACAAGCUUCAGCAAUGGACGACAUACUUAGUAGAUGACGCAAUUUAUCCCGCGAACCAGAUCUCGACAGAUGACUUUGCCGGCGCUUUGGCGAAUCAAACCAACCUGGCUCUCAAGGGAAUCAUUGGCAUUGAAGCUAUGUCGGUCAUUGGAAACAUGACAGACCACGAUGACCAAGCUGCAAACAACUCGCGUAUUGCUCACGAUUACAUUGACCGAUGGCAGACUCUUGGAAUUGCCCAUGAUGCUAACCCUCCGCACACGACCCUGUCGUAUGGAUCCAACGAUUCCCAUGGUCUUCUUUACAACCUCUUUGCUGACAAGGAAUUGGGCUUGAAUCUGGUCCCCCAAUCCGUCUAUGACAUGCAGAGUGCCUUCUACCUUACCGUAGAGGAGAAAUACGGCGUGCCACUUGACACCAGACACCCAUACACAAAGAGUAAACAAAAUCCUUUCUUCUGUGACUGGGAACUCUUCACAGCCGCGGUUGCGUCUACCGAGACUAGGGACAUGUUUGUGAAGAAGUUGGCCACUUGGAUUAACGAGACACCAACCAACCUAGCCCUAACAGACCUGUAUAACACUACGAACGGAGACUAUCCUCAUAUCACAUUUAUCGCACGUCCGGUUAUGGGCGGCGCCUUCUCCUUGCUCCUGCUUGAUCAAGGGAUCUGA